AUGCGUCCCUUGCGGGUCUACCUGCUGGCCCUCCUCCUGUUGGCAGGGAUCUGGCUGUCUGGUGCCAGUGUAUCCGACAGCUUUAAAGACUGCAGACAGUUUUUCUACAUGAGGGCAGCACCGACGGGCAUCGACGGGACCAGGGACAGCCUCAAGAGGAUCUGCCAGCGCUACGGGGACAAGGCGCGCUACGCCACCCUGUACGACGGCAGCCGUCGCCUGCCCCUCUACUCAGCCUACACCUUUAAGAAGAACGACGGGAAGAAGAGGAUGGACACGCCCUGGAUGUACGAGCCACAGCUGGCGUCUGGGAAUGAGGGUGGGAACAUGAAGGUGCUGCCCCCUAGUGACGACCUGGAGCCUCUGCUCCAGGAGAGCCAGGCGGUGCUGGAGGACUACUCAGACGCCGUGGAGUACUCCCGAGGCCUGCUCAACCCAGACCAGCACCAGGCUGACCCAGAUGAUAAGGCCUCCACCUACACCCUGACCAACGUGGUACCCCAGAUCACAGACUUCCUGGAAGAGACCUGGAGCUCCUACUUGGAUACCGUGCGCCGCCGCCUCAAUAACUUUUGUCGCGGAAAGCAGUCCUACGUGGUAACCGGGGUGACAGUCUCCGGGGCGACCAUACGUCGGGGGAACGAGGACCGCAUGGGGAUCCCCAAACACGUGUGGUUGGCUUACUGUUGCCCACGGUUCGACCGUAACUCUCCCUACGAGGUGCGUUUCAUGUUCCCUAGCUAUGGUGCCUAUGCACUGAAUGAACAGGAGGACCAUGCAGUCAUGGAGGUGCCUUUAAAGACACUGGAGAGCUUUCUGAGGAAACAAACAGACAUGGAUAGUAAUCUGGCUAUCUUCUACGAGGACUGUGUGUCAGAGAACACCUUCAAGAAGAAGAGGAAGAGAUAG